GCGUUUGGAAUGGCCUCCUCUUUGCCCAUGCUGAGCCAUCCAGUGUUCAGGCUGUACUCCACUUUAUCUGGCUCUCCUUUUGGAGGCCUGGGAACCCUAGGAAUGCCAGGAGCCCUAACUCCACAUGCCCAGCUUGGGGCAUUCCCUGACUGGUGGCGGGCAUCAGAUGCACAGACUGCGCUGUUUCCCCCUUUGAUGGGCCUUCCUCCUUUUUUCACCCCUCCAUCACUGAAUCAGUCAUACACGUCCAGCAAGAGCACACAGGGUUCUGUCAAAGGAUUGAAUGGGACUGUAAAUAGCAACGGCAAAGCAACUUCAUCUUCCUCUGGACCAAGUUCUACCUCUUCCUCACCCUCACCUGCACUUACAACCUCUAACAAGACCAAGGCUCCCAAAUCAGACUUAAACCCUCAAAAUCAGUGCAAGCCCACCAAAUCCUGCUUUAAACCUCAUAAGUCAGCCACUAAACCCCUGAAGAGUGGUAAGGUCGAUCAGGUCCAAGAGAAAGCCAGACAGCGCAAAACAACAAAAAAGAAAGUCAAAGUCUGUACAACAAUGGCAGGCAUAUCCAGCCACAGUGACACCCAAUCAGGAUCCAGUUCUGACAGCUCCAGUGACACACUCAGUAGCUUGGACUCUGGUGACUUGGAGAAGGAAAUGAAUGAGGAUGAGGAUAGAGACUUGAGCACUGCCAGUGGAGACUCUGAGUCUGAUAAAGAGCAAAGACUGAAGAGAAAGAACUCACCACAGCCAGAACAAGCAAAUGGCUCCAUUGCUAGUAGAUCAGACAUCAUUUCUGUGGAUGCUCACACUGGGAUCACACCCUCCUCUUGCCCCCCAGGCCAAAAGUCUGGGAUUCCUUCCCUGCUUUCUACACACACUUCUUUACUCUUUAACUCCUUGCCCACAGAUGAGCACAGCAAACACACCAGUGUCAUCAAGGCUACAGGACUGGCAGGCGGCACCAAGCCACUUUCCUUCACUCCACAACCUAUCCGGGACCAUGAUUCUUCGUCCAAACCCCUGUGUCUCGCCUUAUUUCCCAAACCCUCCUCUCUGUCUUCAUCCCCAAAGGAAUGCACUGUCUCUCCAUCUGUAAAAUCACAGAUGUCCUCUCCCAGAUCCAGUAGCAUCACCUCAUCUCCAACACCUUUGGCUCUAAAAGCAUCCAGCAGGGCUUUUAUGGAUGAGCCUCUCCUGCACAACAGAGACUUUAGUCUGCUUAAACAGGAGCCCUUCAGAUUGGCAAACACCUCUCAGCUGAAAGAAAACCAGAAAGCCAGAAAAUCCCUGAAGAGUGAAGUGUCUUCCUCCUCACUGUCUCCUCACAGCAGUCCUAAACUGCAGUCUCACUCCAUCAGCCCUCAGCACUCCAACAUGUUUCUCCCCUCUACACUACUGACAAACUCACAUACUAAUGGAGUGAUCCAGAGCGCUGUACAGGACGCCCCGCUUGCACUUAUUACCAAACCUCGUCUUAACAAAUCUAAAACUCCAGAUAAACCUUUAUACUCAGCCACCAGUCAAUCCCUUAACUCCCCCAUCAACCUAAGCAUGGGAGCUAAGAACUCUACGUUUUACUCGGCAGUCUCUGACACGGGCCGAAUUUCAACCCAACAAAAGACUUCCAGACCUGAGCAAAAGGCUGGGAUAGGGGCACCACUUUUGUCUUUCCAAGGAACGGAGUCAGAUUUUUCCAGUAGUAAAGACUCUGAUGACUCACUGGAAGAUGAUGAUGAUGAUGAUGAAGAUGACAAAGAUUCAGGUGACAGUCUGUCAGAUUCUGGCAGUAAUCUUGACAGUGACUCUGAUGAAGAGGAUGAUGACCUCAAAGAUGAAGAAAUGGACACUGAUUCAGAGAGUCAGACUACGACACUAAAACUUACUAAAUGUGCGAGAUCUGUGACCGACCCCUCCACUGGCAUGAUCACCAUCUCAACCACCUUCAACCUGCAAACACAUAAUUCUCCUGCUAAGCCAGGGCAACCUACCAUGACCAGCUCUGUGUCUCAGGACCAACACAGUACCAUGUCCUCAUCAUUUAGCCUGGCUACUCCCUCAGGUUCAGCAAAGAGGAGGAGAGUGACGGAUGAGCGAGCGCUGCGCAAACCUCUAGAAUAUGGGUGGCAGAGAGAGACGCGUAUCAGAAAUAUCAGUGGGCAUAUGCAAGGAGAAGUGGCCUACUAUGCCCCCUGUGGCAAAAAACUCAAACAGUACCCAGAUGUAAUAAAGUAUUUAACCAGAAAUGGAAUAAAGGAUAUCACACGUGACAAUUUCAGCUUUAGCUCGAAGAUAAAGGUUGGCGAAUUCUACGAAAUCAGAGAAGGACCAGAGGGUUUACAGUGGUGCUUGCUGAAAGAAGAGGAGAUUAUUCCUCGAAUCUUAGCAAUGGAAGGUCAGAGAGGUCAUGCUAAGAGGUUGGACCUCCAGUGUUCGGAUGACUCGCUCCUUUCUCACAGUAGGAAAAGAAGAUCAGUCAAUGGCCAUGAUGCUGAAUUGGUUAAUGCUAAACUUCUGCGCAGAUUGGAAGCCCAGGAGAUUGCACGGCAGGCUGCUCAGAUGAAGUUGAUGAGGAAGCUGGAAAAACAAGCUCAUGCACAAGCUGCUAAAGAAGCCAAGAGACAACAAGCCCUGCAGGCAGCGGAGGAGAAGCGGAAGCAAAAAGAGCAGCUGAAGAUUUUAAAGCAGCAGGAGAAGAUGAGGAGAAUUGAACAGAUACGUGUAGAGAAAGAGCUUCGAGCUCAGCAGGUACUGGAGGCAAAGAGAAAAAGGAAAGAGGAUGCUGUUAAUGCAAAAAUACUCGAGGCUGAAAAACGAAUCCAGGAGAAGGAACUGCGCAGACAACAGGCCAUCAUUCUGAAACACCAGGAGUUGGAGAGGCAUAGACUAGAUAUGGAACGGGAGAGACGAAGGCAACACACGAUGUUAGUGAAAGCCCUGGAGACUCGGAAGAAAAUAGAGGAGAGAGAGCGUCUAAAGCAGGAGAAAAGAGAUGAGAAACGUUUGAACAAAGAGCGCAAACUGGAGCUCAGGCGGCUGGAGCUGGAAAUGGUUAAAGAACUGAACAAACCCAAUGAAGACCUCUGUCUAGCAGAUCAAAAGGCCCUGCCUGAGCUGUCCCGGUUGCCCGGUCUGCUCCUGCCGAGUGGCUGUGUAGCGGACUGCCUGAUGGCGAUGCAGUUUUUGCGCUGCUUUUGGAAGGUGCUGCGUUUGGACACUGAACCGCCCACUCUACAAAUGCUGCAGUCAGGGCUGCUCAAUCUGAAACCAGGUGCAGCUUUACUGCAGGAUCUACUCAUAUGCCUGCUCUCUGCUGCAGUGUGUGACCCAGGACUUCCUUCAGGGCAACGGGCUAAAACAGCACUUGGUGAGCACAUUUCCAGUGUGGAUAUCAACCAGGAAAAUGUAUCAGAGAUUCUGCAAAUCUACAUGUCUGCUCACUGCGGUCAGACAGAGCUCUCGUCACUGGUGGAGAGUUUAAGAACCAAAGCAUUUCAUGCCCACACACCCACUCAGAAAGCCUCCAUACUUGCUUUUCUGGUCAACGAGCUGGCCUGCAGCAAAAGUAUUGUCAUAGAAAUUGACAAAAAUAUUGAGCAUAUGACAAACCUUCGGCGAGAAAAGUGGGUCAUUGAGGGCAGUCUUCGCAACAUCCACGCUAAGCGAACAGGCAGACGUGAAAGCAACGUGGGAGGUGAAGAGAACCAGUCUCAGGGGACCCCUACCGCUGGCCGUAAGCGCAAGAAGAAAGUGGCAGACAGCGAGGAUGAGGACGAUGAGGAGGAUGACAGCGAUGACCAGAGAGAGGAGGAGGAUGAGGAAGAUGAGGAGGGAGGAAAGAAAGGAAAGAAAUCUGAGACAUGUGACGAGGAGGAUGAUGAUCAAGUAGCCAGUGUGGAAGAACUGGAGAGACAAAUAGAGAAAUUAAAAAAGCAACAGCUUCAGGUCCGUCGUAAGCUGUUCGAGUCCUCACACUCCCUGCGUUCGAUGAUGUUGGGACAGGACCGUUACAAGAGGCGCUACUGGGUGCUUCCCCGGUGUGGAGGGGUGUUUGUCGAGAGCUUAGAAAGUGGAGAAGGUCCACAUGAGGUUCAGAGUGAGAGACUGCAGAAUGCUCAGCAGGACCCAGUGAAAGAGGAACCCACUGAAGUACCAGUUGAAAAACCUUUCUGUACCACCCCCCAAGUGAACUGUAAAGCAUCCUCUCUGAAUCUACGGCAAGAAAAAGACUCACUUAAUUUGUUUCUGCAAAAACCAGAUUCUUUUUCCAAACUCAGCCAACUGAUGGGGGAGACAAAAAUGUCCUCAGAGUCAAGCAGACCCCCUCAAGGACCUGUGUCCAAGGAAGCAUUACUUGAAAAUCGUACUACUGACUCUAACCAGGAAUUUAAAUCAAAGCUGUGGACUCCUCUACUAAGCCCUAAUUUUUCUGGCAACGAGCAUCAUCAGCUACAUAUUAACCAACUCUAUUGGACACUUACUGAAAGAAAUGCUCAUUGGUUUAGCCUCCUACCACGUUCACCAUGUGAUGACUUGUCUCUGACUUCUACAAAUCAGUCAUUUUUGUCUCAGGACUGCAAUGCUAAGGACAAAUUACCCACUGCUAUCAAUGGCAUGACCAAGUCUGCCCUUAAACAACACUGGCAAACCAAAACUAGCACCCCAAAUAAAUCCUUUGGCUUGUCACCUGCAUUAGGUGGAAAAUCAGCAGAUGAAAAAGGGAAUGUCUUCCUGUCCCCCACCAGUAAGAGAGAGUCUCCAUUAUCAUCUGAUGAGAAAUCUCCUGAAGCCCUGUCUCCAGCUUUAGAGAUGGUUAAAAAUCCAGAUCUGUCAUUACCACAGCCCAUCCCACAAGAAAUGCUGAAUGGCUGGUGGAAGGUGUCAAACGUUCAGGAAUUGAGUAGUAUUGUAAAUGCGUGCCACCCUCGUGGGAUUAGAGAGCGAGUCCUGCAGAAACAGAUCCAGAAACACAUGGACUACCUCAUGCAAGUCUGUGCUAAGAACAAAGAUGCUGUUGUGAUUGAUGUGUCUGAGCUGGAGCAGAGUCAGGUGUGUAAAGAGACGGUACAGCACUGGUGUGUUGAGGAGCAUGCUAUGGAUAUGGACAUUGCUGUGCUGCAACAAGUGGAAGAACUUGUGCGCAAAGUCACCUCUGCCAGCCUGCAAGUGAAAGGUUGGGUGCCUCCAGAGCCACAGUCUGAGAGAGAAGACUUGCUCUAUUAUGAGCACAAGGCAGUAGGAGAGAAUGAAAGCGAGCCAACACACAAAGCCAGCACACAGAUUAUACGGCGAGCCAAUAACCCACUGGACAUAGCAGUGUUACAGCUGUCCGAGCUGGAGCAGAACAUCGAGCGAAGGUACCUGAAGAGCCCAUUAAGCACCACCAUUCAGAUCACUGUGGAUAACGUGGGUACGGUGAGCGUACCAGCUCCUGCACCAUCCCCUAGUACUGAUGGUGACGGAGUUGAGGAAGACCUGGCUCCAGGGAUGAAACAGUGGAGAAAAGCACUGAGUGAAGUACGCAGUGGUGCUCAACUCUCACUCUGUCUGCAGCAGCUGCAGCGCUCCAUUGCAUGGGAGAGAUCCAUUAUGAAAGUGUAUUGCCAAUUUUGCCAGAAGGGGGACAAUGAGGAGCUGUUGCUUCUGUGUGAUGUCUGUGAUAAAGGAUGCCACACUUACUGCCAUAAACCUCAGAUCAGCACUAUACCCGAGGGAGACUGGUACUGUCCUUCCUGCAUCGCCAAGGCAAGUGACUCACCACAGAAAAACAAGAAGCAGACCAGUCGCAGCAGUAUGGGGAAUAAACCACUGGAAGCCAAACGCAGUAAGAAAGCCAGUGCGACAGGUGAGGGUUUAGAGGAUGACAUGGUCAGCGCCAGUCCCAGCAGCACAUCCAAGAAAAAAGGCAAGGAAGCUAAAAAGCGAAAAGCAGAAGAGAGUCCAAGUACCAACAUCAACAAAGAAAGCUCACCUCAAAUGAAAAAGGCUAAAACAGCACGAGACAACAAUAAAGACCUGGAGCUCUGCAGGUUGCUUCUGUCAGAGCUGCAGUCACAUCAGGACGCCUGGCCCUUCAUGACGCCUGUCAAUCCCAAAUCAGUCCCUGGAUACCGCAAGAUCAUCAAGAAACCCAUGGACUUCUCUACUAUUCAGGAUAAACUGUCUAAUAGCCAAUACCUAAAUCUGGAAACUUUUAUCAUUGAUGUUAACCUGGUCUUUGAGAACUGUGAGAAGUUCAAUGAAGAUGAUUCUAAUAUUGGACGUGCAGGACACAGUAUGAGAAGGUUUUUUCAGCGACGAUGGACUGAGCUUUUAAAACAAACAAACUAGAACUGAAAGCAUCUGCAAAAGCUUGUUUACUUGCUGUUUACCAGUUUUCAUCAGGAUCACAAAAUACCAGCAUUUCACUACCAGUGUCCUCAUGAAUGUGAUCGUUUCUCAUGUAGAUAUGGUGUGUUAUGGUAAAAUGCACCUAGAGUGUUUCAGAUUAUAUAAGGUGUCACUUAAAGUGCAAUACCAGUUCCUUUAAAGACUCUUUUCACUACCUGUCAAACUGACUUGAUGUGUGUUUGUUUUAAAUGUAAACUAUAUUAUAACAGUGAAUGUAUUGUAUUUAAUUUUGUUAAUUAUUUAUAAUUAAAUUGGUCUUCGUUUUCUAUGAAAAGGAAAAAUCAU